AUGACGCCAGCCAGCCUGGCUCAGACGCUGCGGCAGUCGCUGGAGGGCAGCAAGCGCUUCACCAUGCCGCGUGGCUCUGCUGCCACCGACUUCACUCUCUCGCACUACGCAGGCAAGGCAAGGCAUGUCCCUGCUGAUGCUGCUGCUGAUGCUGCUGCCGCCGCCUCGGCUGCUGUUGCUGCUUUUGCUACUGUGCGUUACUCCCUGCUUGAGUUCAUGGCCAAGAACACAGACGUGACCAUCCCAGAGCAGCAGCAGCUGCUAGAGCAGUCCUCAAACGAUCUUCUCGCUGCCCUCUUCUCCCCGCCUCCCGCCAACCCUCCCUCCACCCCGACCUCCCCCUUCCUACCCACCCCGGGUAGCCCCCUCCCCACCACCCCCGGCAAACCUCCCUUCCCUGGCGCAUACUCCUAUAUAAACGCCGCUGCUGCUGCCACAGCCACUGCUGGAGACCCUGCCAACGCCCCUCCCAGCCCCGCGUCUUCCCUUUCAAGCCCCUUUGGCCAGCGCCUCAACGCCUUCAGAAGCCCCUCUGCCAGUGCUGAUGCGGGCGGCCCGGGCGGCGUGGGGCGGCGGCUGCUUGGAGGGCCUCAGAGCCCCCUGGGGGAUGGGCAGAGCCCGAGGGGAGGGGGCGGGGGAAUGAGAGGCAGUGCAGGAGGGAGAGGAGGGGGGUCGCGUGUUACAUCUCUGGGCCGGCAGUUCAAGCCCCUUGCUGCUGCACCGCCCUUCAUGAUGCCGCCUCUGCUGCCGCCCGCUCCACCUUCAUUCUGCCACUUGCCUCUGCUCCUCCACAACCCCCGCACUCAACCUCGCCGCAGCACCUGUCCCAACCUUCUAAAGCACUCCCCUCCCUUCACCAUGUACUGCAAACAAACCUUGUCUCAACGCACACGGAUCGCCUCACACCCCUUCUGCCUGCUCUGCCUCCGUCCCGCCUUCGCCCCCAACCCACUGGCCUCGCUUCAGCUCCAGCUGGCGCAGCUGAUGAAGACACUGUCUGCCAUGCAGCCCCACUACGUGCGCUGCAUCAAGCCAAACGCCGCCAGCCACCCGGCUGUUUUUGACUGGCUCUCUGUGGCCAGUCAGCUGCGCUCUGGGGGCGUGGUGGAGGCCAUUCGAGUGUGCUCUGCCGGCUUCCCAUCGCGCCGCCCCUUCGGGGAUUUCAUCGAGCGCUUUGCCCUGCUGCUGCCCCCUGACUCUCCUGCUGCGCUCAAGCUCUCAACGGCAUCGGAGCCUGACAUUGUGAAGCUCAUUCUCACCAAUGCCAAUCUCACAGGCUGGCAGGUGAGUGUGACAGGCUGGCAGGUGAUUGUGACAGGCUGGCAGGUGGGGCGCACCAUGGUGUUUCUGCGUGCGGGGCAGCUGCGGGCGUGUCAAGCAUCUCUCACUUUCUCCCCUCCCAUACCCCUCCCACUAUCGUCCCCAGGUGGGGCGCUCAAUGGUGUUCCUGCGGGCAGGGCAGCUGCGGGCGCUGGAGGCGUGUCGAGCAUCCUCUUGAUCAACUUCUCCUCUCUCACCCACCCUCCUUCCGCCGUCCAGGUGGGGCGCUCAAUGGUGUUCCUGCGUGCGGGGCAGCUGCAGGCACUGGAGGCGUGUCGGUCGCAGCGUGUGGACGCGGCAGCAGCGGCCAUCCAGAGAACUGUGCGGCGCUACCUGUGGCGCAAGCACCGCCUGCAUGCCACUGUUGUCAUUCAGAGCGCCUGGCGAGGCAUGGGCAGUGAGGGAUUGGAGAGGUGUGUGAGAGGCAUGGGCAGUGAGGGAUUGGAGAGGUGUGUGAGAGGCAUGGGCAGUGAGGGAUUGGAGAGGUGUGUGAGAGGCAUGGGCAGUGAGGGAUUGGAGAGGUGUGUGAGAGGCAUGGGCAGUGAGGGAUUGGAGAGGUGUGUGAGAGGCAUGGGUCUAUCUUUGAGGCGCCCCAAGAGUGGCGUGUGGGUGCGGCUGAAGCAGCGACCAUCCAGAAGGCUGUGCGGCACUGGCUGUUGCGCAAUCACAGCAUGCACGCCACCCUUGUCGUUCAGAGCGCAUGGCCAAGUGCGUCAGAGAUGUAUGGGACUAUUUCUAAAACACCGAUAUGCAACGACGUGUGAGCAGCAGAGGCCAUCCAGAGGGCUUGUGCGGCGCUACCUGUGGCGCAAGCACCGCCUGCACGCCACCAUUGCCAUUCAGAGCGCGUGGAGAGGCUACCUCACUCGGAGGAUAAUGAGAGUGCAUAGAGAGCGCAGAGCAGCGGUGCGCAUUCAGAGCUGGUGGCGCGGGCUGGUGGUGCGAUGUGGCUUCCUGGAGCUGCGCCGCGUGGCCAUCCUGCUGCAGCGCCGCCGCCGGGGGCAGAUGGCGAGAUAUGCGGAGGAGUGGCAGCAGCAGCACUGGGCUGCUAUCACCAUUCAGGCGCACUGGAGGGGGUACUGCAGUCGCCGCCCCUGGCAACUGCUGCAGCAGCACCUGAGGAUGAGAGUCGCCAGAAUGAGGCUCAACCGCCUCAAACGGGCAGCGCAGCAGCAGGCGGAGCUGGCCCCGCCGCGCAAGAAGUUGGACAUGGCUGUUGAUGCCAUCCGCCUGGCCGUGCUGCGCGUCAUGCGGGACAAGGCAGAGCGUGCGAGGGCAGCAGCAGAGGAGUCAGUAUCCGCCCUGCAGAGGGAGCUGGAGGUUCGGUCCCGCCACGCCCAUGCCCUCGACCGAGACCUCCGAGCCACCCGCUGCGACCUUGAGAUCCGAACCUCCGAAGCUGAGGCUCGCAUCGCCGAACUUGAGGCGGAGGCUCGGGAGGCAGACCGUCAGCGACGGGAGUGGGAAGCUCGGGUGAGCGAGCAGGAGGCGGUUGAGAGGGAGGUGAGGGAGAGGAGGAGGGAGGUGGAGCAGUGGAGGAGGGAGGCCGAGGGGAAGGAUGCGGAGAUUAGGAGACUGAGGGAGGAGUUGGAGGUAGUGAGGGGGAGGCUGCGGGAGGCUGAAGGGCAGGUGAUGGGAUUGAAGCAGGAGGUGAUGGUUGUUGAAGGGCGGGUGGAGUUAAUAAGGGAGGAGGCAGAAGGGGCUGAGAGGAGGGCGGAGGAGGAGAGAGCACGGGUGGAGGCAGCGGAAAGAAGGGCCGAGGAGCUGAUGAGGCAAGUGCAGGAGAUGAAGGCAGAGCUAGAUGAAUCCGUGGCUGCUCUUGCUGCUGCUGCCGCUGCCGCUGCCGCUGCUGCUGGUGGUCACGCCUCUGGUGAUGCCUCUGCUGGUGCUUCUGCUGCUGUUGGCAGGCCUGGAACUGGGGUGAUCCCAGGGCAGAUGAUGAUCGAGUGGCACAGUGGGGACCCCAGCAGGGCAGAGCAGGCGGGGCGGGAGCGGCAGUGGGACGGGGAGAGGGAGGGGGCGGCGGUGUCGGGCUUGGCACCGCCGUCAGUGGUGUCAGGCGUGGAGGAGGCGUCGUCCUCAGUGGUGCUCAUGCGGGGGGAGGAAGGGGACACUCUCACUGACAUGAUCAGCGAACGAACCCCAGAUGGAGUCACCCCUGAUGACGACGGAUACACCUACACCUACCUCGUCUCCCCUCCUCCCCCACCUCCCCCUCCACCCCUUCCGCCGCAUACCACUGCAGCAGCAGACAACCCUACCCCAGGAGGCCUCUCCCCGCCGCUCCCGGACUUCCCUGCGCCGCCUCCUCCAGCCUACCGCAGCCCGCCAGUGGGGAUGAUCGUGCCGCCGCGCUGCCACUCCGACCGCCUGCGCUCCUCCCCCUCCACCUCCAGCGUGGGCUCCCUAGACGAGGACUGGAGCCUUAGGGAGGGGAUGCUGGGAGGUGCUAGGCCGUCAAUGGCAAUGCGCCUGGGAAUGGGGGGAACGGGGCCACCAGGGGGGUUCCGGGGUGGGCCUGGGGGAGGUGCGACCUGGGGCGGGUUUUACGGCCGGGCAGGGAGUGCUGGAACGCCUUCGGUGGUGAGCUUCGGCGGGGGAAGUGGGGGAGGGUCGGGCGGAGCCGGAGCAGGAGGGAGUGGUUCGGCACCGAGCCUGCACCAGAUGAUAGCCUUGGCAGAGAAGGAUCGGGACAUGGCGGCGCGGCUGGGAGCAGAGGCGGACUGGCUGAGAGGGGCGUACAAGGAGACAAGGCAGGAGGCGAGUGUGGCGCGGGCGAGAGCAAGGCAGGCGGAAGCAAGGAUGGAGGAGGUGAGGCGCGAGCUGCUGCAGUGGCAGGCUCUGGCGGCUGAGCUGCAGCAGCAGGUGCACUCGCUGCAACGACAACUCGACAGCUCGACAGGGGCGCUGCUGAAGGACGGGGCAGGUGGACAGGUGGGUGCACUCGACAGGUGCGCAGUGCACGUGCAUGAACAUCCGCAGCAGGUGCACUCGCUGCAGCAACAACUUGACAGCCUGCAGGCGGGGAAGAAGGAGCACAUGGAGGGGCCAGGGGCAGGGACGAGGGGCAUUGCGCAGGAGAGGGGGCGAGGCAGGGAGAGGGAGAGGAGUGGGCGGCCGGGCAUUCUCACUCGCCGCCUGCUGCAGCAGCAGCCGCAGUAUGGCGGUGGGGGUGGCAGUGGAAUGGUGCCCUCGUCUCCUGUAUCGCCCACGUCAGGAGCCAUGUCUGCCUCUGCUCCCUCCUACUCCUCCCAGGUGCAGUACCUGCUGCGCUACGUGGUACGACCGCUUGGUUUCACCCCCUCGGGCCACUCAGUGCCUGCCUGCUUCCUCUUCACCAUCCUCCGCUUCUGGCCGCACCUCUCCUUCCAUGCCCCUCCUCCCUCUUCUACCACCACUGCCAACACCACCAACGCUUUCUCGACUGCACUACCAAGCAACCUCCCUAGCACACCCACAGCAGCAGCAGCGGCUGGUGCUUCAGCCGCCCCUCCCUUCCUCCCCCCCUCCACCCCUUUCUCCCCCUACUCCCCUUACUCCCCCUACUCCUCCGCCUCCUCCCUCCCCUUCGCCUCCCUCUCCCCCUUCUCCUCCCUCUCCCUCUCCGCAUCCCCCAUCCCACCACACGACGAGGUGCUAUCAGCCAUCCGCACGGCCCUGCAGCACUCAGCAGGGAGCCUGGAGCGCCUGGCGUAUUGGAUCUCCACGCUUGUUGCCCUGCACGCCCUGCUGCUGGGGGGGCUUAAGCCCGCCCGCUGGCAAGCCAUGGCUGCUGCGGCGGCGGCAGCGGUGGCGGGGGGAGGGUUUGGGGGAGGUGAGAUGGAGGCGGAUUCGCAGCAGGCGAAGGGGCGGGCGGAGGAGGUGGUGGGUUCUUCUGCUGUUGCGUCUCCAACGCUCAAAGCUCCUUCAUCUCCCAGUGAAGCUGCAGCAGCAGCAGCUUCUGCUGCUGAUGGGUUCACAGCCGCCACUGGCGCCAGUCCCACUACUGCUACUGCUAGAAUCCCUGCCAGGGCUACGUCUGCCGGGAGCGCUGUGGGGGCAACCAACCCAGCAGCAUCAAGUAGCAGCAGCACGUCUGGCAGUCGCAGCAGCAUCAAGGCUGCGGCCUCUUUCUUCAGUGGGCUCUUCUCCUCCCGCUCCUCCUCCUCCUCGCCCGCCCCUCCCUCUGCUGCUUCUGCUGCGCCUGCCGUGCCGCCUCCGUCCCGUCCACCCCCUCGCCCCACCCAGAACAACAACCGUCCGCAGCACUCCUAUCCCCACCAUGCUCCCGUACCUCACUCGCUCCAUGUGGCCACAGCUUCUACUGCUGGACCUCCUUCCACCACUGCUAGUACCGCCCCCAAUGCUUCUCUCAAUGCCUCUUCUGGUGUUGCUACCAUCACUCGUAUCCCAGGAGCCCCACCGCCCUCCUCCUCCCUUCCCACCGCUUCCUCCUCUCCUGUGCCUGCCUCUGCCUGCGCUGUUCCGCGCGCCGGCACCACCAGCCUGGCGUGUGCUCCCACGGGGCAGGACGCUGACUCUGCAACAGCUGGACCCACUGGCUUGGUGAGGCCUGGCAGCGGUGGUAAGGGGUGGACGCUGAUUCUGCUGCACCCGGACCCACUGGCUUGCACCUCUCCCUCUCUUCUGAUCCUUCCGCUCUUCCCCACUCUACUCUCGCCUCUUCCCUCCCUCCCACCAGCGGAGACCAUGCCACUAGCACACAAGGUGGACGUGUGUGUGCACCAUGCCGUGGGACUGUUCGCACUACCAGCGGAGACCAUGCUACUAGCACACAAGGUGGACGCGUGUGUGCAGCAUGCAGUGGGGCUAUUCACGCACCACUGCACCUCGCAAGUCGCUGCCCUCCUGCAACCACCUCCACAGCAGCCGCAAUCACAAGGAAAUGAGGGGACGGCAGCAGAAACAACACCUGGAAGGCGGAGGAGCACGGGAGGCGCAUUACCCAAGUUCCCGAGCGUGGCUCUGAAGGAGCACGUGGGCAGCACGUGGAGCACUGUGGUGGGGGUGCUGCGGCGGGCAGCACUAGUGCUGUUGGAGAACCAGGUGCCGCCACCCGUCAUCCAGAGCGUGCUCAAGCACCUCCUCGCCUUCAUCAACGUGCGCGUCUUCAACAGGUACAGUCGUGUUCAAGAGGUGCACAGCACGUGGUGCCCGUCACCUCUUCAACAGGUAAAGUCGUCUUCAACAGGUAAAGUCGUCUUCAACAGGUAA